AGUAGUGGAGUUGUGAGGUGCCACAGGUCGGGAAGCUGAGACUGGGCAAGCUACAAUGCUAAGGUGGUGCCAAAUGCUACGGCCACCGAAUACCCACUGACAGAGUGCUGGGGACUGCAGCAGAAGCAUCAGCAUUGUUUGUGAGAGAUCUGGAGAGGCAGUGUGGCAGCAUUUGGAGACACAGCAUAGAUAUGUUUCUAAAGAACAGGUCAGAGAGAAAAUGUGGACCCAAAACUGCAUCACUGGAUGUAAUAUCCAAAGUAUAAGCUUUCAGUGGAUGUUGAUAACUGUUAUAUAUUUCACUCUUUGUGUUCGAUGGUCUGCAACGGUACAGACAUAUGUUGAUCCCCCUUCCCAUUUAGAGAUUGAUGAUCUUGGGUAUUUGGGAUUGCUGGACAUAAGCUGGCAGCCACCGGCGUCUAUGAAUAACAUAAGUCAGUGCACUGUGCGCUAUGAAUUACAUCACUAUGACAGCAAUGGGAAAAGGUGGAAGGCAAUUAGGACAAAGCAACAAACAUAUAGAGCAGCAUUUAAUCUUGGGGAGAAUAUAGUCAUACAAUUAAGAACAUAUUUAAAAGGAAAAUGUACAGAAGAAAUGGAAGUAGUUAGUGAAUGGGUGAAGAGAAAUGACACGUUACUGCCUGUACAAGGCACGUGGGAAUCAAAAAUUACAGACUUUCAGUGUAUCAACUCUAAAUUUGAGAUCCUGACAUGUAAGUGGAGCGCUGGAGCACUUGGGAGCAACAACAACUACGAGUUACAGUACUGGCAGGAUGGCAUGUCUAAGAAAAAAACCUGUGACAGAUACCUCAUAUCAAAUGGAAUAAAUGUUGGGUGUGUUUUUGGAAGAGAUGAGUUCCAGCUUUUCUCAGACUUGUUUAUUUGUGUUACUGGAAUUCCUGGCAUGGAUCCAAUAAGACCAUCGUACUUUAUCCUCCAGCUUCAAAAUCUUGGUAAACCUGGAAUUCCUGAAGAUCUAAACAUCAACAAGACCUUAAAUAAUGAAUUAAUCCUGCACUGGAAGCCACCCAAGGGAAAAAUCCCAUCACAUUGUCUGAUAUAUGAGAUUCAGUAUAAAGACCAAGAAGAUACAUGGAAGGCCCUCACAGAGCAGAGAGAGAACACACGUACCUUUAGCAAAUCCAAUAUUUGUUUGCGUGUCCGAGGAAAGACAGACAGCUACUGUGCGGAUGGCGGAUACUGGAGUGAUUGGAGCUCAGACAUAUGUCAUAAAGAGCCAACGUCCAGGACCAGGGAUAUGUGGCAGUACUCUAUUGGAGCUGUCAUUGUUAUGCUGCUAUGCUGUACAUGUGUAGCUGCAACAAUAGAAGUACUCAGGAAGAGAAGAUACUGGGCAAUAUGUUUCCAACACAAGGCUAAAGAGCUGGUCUAUGAAAUUGAUCAUGGUUCCAGUCUUAAAUGCAGAUACUGAGUAUAUUAUUUCAGAAUAACCUUUAAAACCGACAUCAAACACACGUCAAACAAAGGCCAUAAGGAGAUGGAGUGAUUAAUGCUGCACAGAUAAUGUACAACUUCAGUCUAAAAAUGGACCAACUACCAUGGUUUGUGUGUUCCACAGCUAUAUCAAGAACUCUCUGCAAAAUAGCAUAAUAGAUUUAAGUUCCAGAAGUGGUCAUUUCUUGGGUUAUCACUUCUGACUAUUAUCAGUUCUUGCUGGAGGCCUCUCCAUCCUCCUGAUGCUAGUGGCAGUCUACGUGAAGAUCAAGGAGAAAGAGUCAUCAAGCAUUCUAGUUGUUCUACCACUAUGUACUGUAGAACAGUUUUCAAAAUAAAGACAAUUCCAUGCUAUGUACAAUAGCACUAUACCUGUGGUUCACAAACUUAGUCCUCAAAGACCUACAAAGGUUAGUGUUUUCCAAGUCACUGUUGGGGGUCCUUGAGGAACGAGAUUGGGAACCACUGCACUAUACCAAGAGGUCAUUUUCAUGGGCAUAGCUGGUUCAGUUUAAUGCUAUUGGUGUUGUCUGCUGUAUAAUUGCUGGACAAUUGUAUGAUAAUAAAAAACAAAGCACACUUAGUUAGAUAUGCAAAUGCUGGAUAAUCCUAAAUCAGAUUUCCCUACUCUCCAAGUACAAGCAAGAGACUCCGUCCUGAAAUGUGGAGAGUUACCGCAGACUCCUAGGAGAGCAGGUCACCCUCCAGCAUUUUGCCCACUUCAGCAUGCUUUGCGCUGCCCCCACACAAGCCAUCUGCCUCUUCUGUCUUUGAACUCUCAGAGGGGAGAAAAAAAAAACUACAUACAGUACGCCUGUAUACUAAAUAUCUGUAUCAUACAUUUAAGCAGCAAGAUCAAUGAACCUCUUGAGAGUAGGUAUUUACAUUUUAUUUGUCCACCAGCUCUGUUCUUUGUGUAAAAUGUAUAAUGUACAUAGCAAUUUCAUGAUAUUAUAUCCAUGCCUAUUUUAAUGUGAAUAUUUAAUACAAUUUUCUCUGCAACUUUUUUAGUAAUUUUAAAUAAAGAUAAUGGGUUAUAUGUAAAGGGUCCGAGUUGCCAGAGGUACUAGACUUCGGAUGGGAAUGCCCAUAUUUUUAAAGCGGCAAUCAUUUACAUUCAAAACUAACCAAGUUCUUGCCCGAAGUCCCGCACCUCCGGCAACUUGGACCCUAUUACAUUUACCUCAAUAUGUUGACAUACAAA